AUCUUCAACACCAAGAACCAUCCUCUAUCUCACUGAGCUAAUUGGCAAACAGAAACGUCACAUGUAGCUUCACAAAUUGACUAAGCCAGUCACCUGUGUGCAAGACAGCAGCUGUUAGUGUGUAAAGGCAGAUUUCAAACGGCAAGGAUUAAAACUAACGACGUCCCGUUGUCCUGGGGGCGUAAUUAAUUGUCAUCGGGAGGAUCAAUAUUCUCUCUCGGGUCGACCUCGGGACGAAGAGAAUUUUGUGGGCACUGACUUCAUUUUUCUGUUUACGUUUUCAACACUGUCUGCGAACCAGAACGGUUCGCGAACGCGUUCGCAGUCGGUGGAAAAGAUGAUACUGUCACCAAAGAUUCUUUAUUUACUCUCUGCUGUCACUGUGCUGCGGUGCUCUACUAUCGACAAUGUUGCGCUGGCUGAAGCCUAAAGGGGGCAGUCUGAGUGUACCCAACCCCAGCACAUAGCCCAGCCAGGCUCCAGCCACCCAGUACGAUAUGGAAGUGAUGGCGACCCACCUUGUCCUACAGAGCCUGAGAAUAGUGUCAGCCUUUGACAGGAUGGAUGCAGCUGUGCAAGAGAAGUUGGUCAAACUAUUCAACAUCGCCUACUUCAUCGCAAAAGAAGAGCAGCCAUUCACCCUAUUCCCCAAGCUGAUGACGCUUCACAAGACCAACAGCCUCGACCUUGGCUCAACCUACCACAACAACGUGGCAUGCAACACCUUUGUUGAAGUCAUAGCCUCAUGCUUCAUAGAGAAUGAAUAAUACACUUUCUGUCAAAUUUAAAGAUGAUGGUCCUUUAAGGUUCACAGCGACCCGUUAAUUUAUUAUUAUUUUCUAUUUACAGACAUCAUCAAUCUAACGGACGAAGGCUAUCUCAUGAGCCCAGAGUAUAACAACCUGUCCGACUUCACGGUCGAUGAUCUGGAAGAGUUGAGCGAAAUCAUUCGUCAAGCGGAGGCCGAAGAAACUAAGCACUCUGCUCCGGCGCCGAUUCCCUCAACAGCCGACGUGGUUAAAAGAGCUGAUCCGGUCCAACCAUUGUCUCAGACCGCUCCGGAGCAUGCGAAGGACGCUACACAUCCUUCUGUACAAACGCUACAUUCUUCUGCACCCGGGAGGAAGAGGUGGCGGAUGCCCAGCAGCAGCAGCAGCAACGACAGCGACAGUCGACCGAGUGUUUCUCGCAACGGUCGUAAAACCGCAAAAAGACCCAGAAAAUGUACGCAUAGUUUCAAAUGUGCGACCUGUCAGAGACAAGAAAUACAUCUUCUCGUCGCAAAAAGACCCAGAAAAUGUACGCGUGACCUUGUCAGAGGGAGAAAGAAGAAAAUACAUCUUCUCGUCGGUACUAUGCUAAGGGCCAUGAGAGAGAUACUCUUUGUGCUAGGCCUUGGUGUUUGAGUGAGGAGUUGCAAGCAGCCAGGUUCUUCUCUGUGAUGUCUGACUCAGUUGACCGUUCGGUGAAGGACCAGGAGAUGAUCUACUGCACCUACCUCGUGGAUGGCAAACUAGUGAACCGGCUUAUCCAGAUUGUGACCCUGAAUCACGCCCAUAGCCAGGGCAUUUUGGAUGCCAUUCUGAAAGGGCUGAAAGUGGUGGGGGUUCAAGAGGAGGACCUGAAGCUGCGUCUUGUAGGCUUUGGAUGUGAUGGCGCUUCCGUAAUGCUGGGAUUGAACAACGGAGUCGCAGCCAGACUAAAGCACCUGUGCCCCUCCCUAGUGGUGAUAUGGUGCAUCGCUCAUCGGCUGGAGCUGACUGCGCUCAACUGUUUGAAAGUGCUUCCCCAGCUGAAGGGUGCUGAACGAGCUGCUACGUGUCAUCCACAAACAUUACACAGUCUCUUCUAAGGCGUCACGGGAGCUGGAAGAGAUCAGCAAGGCGAUGGAGGUCUCCAUUCUCAGGCCAGGGAACACUGAAGGUACCCGCUAGCUACCGCACACAUCGCAUGCCCUGGAGGCCCUCAUGAGGAACUACAAGCCUCUACUUGUACACUUUGAGAACCACGCCAGUGAUCCCAAUGACAGGGAAGCGAGUGCAGCCAUGAAGGGGAGGACAAAGCUUAUACUGAAGUCUCUGAAGCAGUACAGCACACUCCUCUUUAUCCACCUCAUGCUGGAUAUCCUUCAAGAACUGAAGCACCUCAGCCUCUUGUUCCAGAAAGACGGCCUCACACUCCAGAUGGUCUCGGAUGGGCUGCAGACAACAUGCAUGGUUUUUGUAGCUAUGCAGACAAACCCAGGCCCAAGGCUGCAGCGGUUUCUGACUGAAGUUGGGACUGGAUCCACCUGGCAAGGUGUUGAGAUCAACAGGACUAGCACCGAUGAUGACAACUUCAACAACAUCAAGCUUCGCCUCACCAACAGGUUCUGUGAGUUUGUGUCAGAGCGUUUCAGGAGUCUUGAGACCGGCGUUCUGAAAGCGAUUUCCACACACUUCGACUUGUCCAACUGGCCAGAAGACACCAACGCCCUGGCUACAUUUGGCACCGCUGAACUGAAUGUCAUUAUGGAGCACUUCCGCCCCGUCCUGGAGCCAUGCAAGGACUUUCAAUCUGAGGAUGCAGCAAGGCUAGAGUGGCUUGACCUCAAGAUCCUGGUUGCCUGUCACUACAGGCAUCUUGAUUCCCAGGUGCUGUGGCAGCGACUGAUCCAGGGUGCCAUCGGAAGAGCUGGCCAGUUCCAGCACAUGCAGGUGGUAGCAGAGAUCAGCCUUGUCCUCCCCAUGAGCAGCUCCUGCUGCGAGCGUGGUUUCUCCUGCAUGAAACGGGUGAAGUCGGACUGGAGGUCUCGCCUGGCCAAUGACACUCUGAACAGCCUCGUGCAAAUCUCAAUGCAUGACCCUCUUCAUGAGGAAUACAGCUCAGUGAGAGCAGUCACCAAAUGGUGGAGUAGUGGCAGAAGGUCACGUAGACCACUGUACUGUGACUGAGGGCGUUGGUUGUCAUCUUGAAGCUAAACAAAUCUAGUCUGCUUUUCCCUAUUUGUGUGGGCCAGGGUUAGUUAGUUGUAAUUUAAUUGCAUUUAUUUGGUUUAUUUUAUAUGUUCUUGUCCGGGACGUUUCCGGGAUGGUGCUGUCAAACGGCUGUCAAACGGCUGUCAAAAAUUCAGUUAUAAAGACAAGAAUCCGAAAAUACACAAAUUGCAUCUAGACAGCAUGGAGAUGUUGGUAAUUUAUUUAUGAUUUAUUGGCUCCAUAAGUGAAAAACUGAUGUUUAAAAAUGCCAUUUUUGACAUUUCUGACUCCAAUUGUUCGCAUGAGAGCGAAAUUCAAAAUGGUAUAAAAAAU